UUAAAUGGAAAUCAGUUUAGGCCUUACUUUCAAAGACUAAACACCAUUUUUUGUGAGCUGUUUUUUUUUCAAAAUUAUUAGUUAAUUUUCUAUAAAAAUUCUAAAUUUUAUCAUAAAAUGUUAAAGAGAUCCGCGUUGGUUUUAGGUCGAUACGCAAAAGACUGCUUUUGCAGUCGAUGCGUUCAACCCACCUCUAUACGGUUCAAGCAUUUCAAAGUUCUUGCUAACUUAAAAAAUGAAGACAUCGGCAAUCCAAAUGGCCUUCCUAAUCAGAGUCAUACAAGAUUCGGCGGCCAGAAGCACGAGUUUUCUGAACUCGUCAGCCCGAUGCAACGACAAUUUCUGGACGAUCUGGAGCAGCGAUCGAAUCCAUGGUUAAAAGAAGAAAAGCAUGAAGAUUUCGAAAAUAUGAAAAGGGAAUGCCAGAGGCUAGCCAAGCAAAUCAGUAUGGCUGGUAAAAAUGGCGACAUCGAAAAGGCCUGCAAGGAACUGGCUCAAAAAGAGAAGUGCAAAAAGAAGGAGUUGAAAAAAAAGUGCAAGGAGUUGGCAGAAAAGGAAAAAUGUGAGAAGGAUAAACUGAAAAAAAAGUGUAAGGAAAUGGCGAAAAAAGCCGAUCCUUGCAAGAAGAAAGAGGAUCCUUGCAAAAAGAAAAAAGAUCCUUGCAAGAAAAAAGAAGAUCCCUGCAAAAAGAAAAAAGAUCCCUGCAAGAAAAAGGAGGAUCCCUGCAAAAAGAAGAAAGAUCCAUGCAAAAAAAAAGAGGAUCCAUGCAAAAAGAAAAAAGAUCCUUGCAAGAAGAAAAAGGAUCCUUGCAAAAAGAAAAAGGAUCCCUGCAAGAAGAAGGACCCCUGUAAGAAAAAAGAUCCCUGCAAGAAGAAAGACCCCUGUAAGAAAAAAGAUCCCUGCAAGAAGGACGGCGGUGAUAUGAAAAAGAAAUGCAAGGAAAUGCUCGAAAGGGAAAAAUGCAAAAAAAUGGCCAAGAAGGAGAAAAUGAAGAAAAUGCUAAAAAAGUGCAAGAAGAUGGCCAAAAAAGAUAAAUGUAAAGACCCGUGCAAAAAGAAGUAAAUUACCAAUCUAAGUUUACCCGGAUCAAACAAUUUAAUUAAUAAAUGUUUUAAAUUACUUUUAA